CCCUGAUUGGCAAAAGCUUCUUAUCCUAACAAAUACAAACAACGCCUUCAAAAUUGUAAGUAAGGAUCUUACCAGGUGCUCCUAGAUGGCGACAUCACUCGGGAAACGCAAGAAAAGAGAAGAACCCGAGCAUACCUCAUCACACGGGUCCACAUUAUUCGUAUCCAACCUCCCCUAUGAUGUAACAUCCACCGACCUACAAACAACAUUCUCUGACCUCGCACCCGUGCGCUACGCCUUUGUUGUAUCGAAGAACGGAUCCGGGGAAUCCAAAGGUUUUGGUUAUGUGUCUUUUUCCAUCAAAGAGGAUGCGCAGACUGCGUUCGAUACCUGGGCGGAUAAAAAGAUCGACAAGGAUGACUUUGGCAAGGAAAAGGAGCGCGUUGGCAAGGAGAAGAAGCGGGAGGAAAAACGAGAGGGAAAGCGAGAGGGAAAGCGAGAGGGAAAUCGAGAAGAAAAGCGAGAAGAAAAAUGGAAGGGAAAGCGGGAGGAAAAGCAGGAGGAAACGGCGAAGGUUGAGGAGGUCAAUGAGAGUGAUGCCAAGAUGGAUGACAUCGAAGAGGGCGAUUCCAAGAUGGUCGAUGUCGAAGAUAGUGAAGCUGAGUUGAGUAGUGCUGAGGACGCCGAGGAGCAAUUGGGACUUCAUGAAGACGAUCACGGCGACGAGGAUGAAGAUAACGACGAUGACGAGACAGACGACAUAAAUACCGAACGUGAUAACGAUCAUCAACGUCCCACGAAACCUCAGCUACCUCAAACAGACGCAGGAACUACACUCUUUAUUCGCAAUAUCCCUUUUGUUGCUACAGAAGACGAACUACGGUCGCUAUUCCGCACGUUCGGAGCUCUACGGUAUGCACGAAUCACCAUCGACCCAGAAACCGAACGUUCUCGGGGCACCGGUUUCGUCUGCUUCUGGAAGAAAGAAGUUGCCGACAAGGUGAUCGAACAAAGCGAGAUUUUGCGCGCUGAAACCAUGGGCACGCAGCAACAACCACCGAAAAACCCAUUUACCCUGCCAUCAAUUCUAACACCUGAUCCAUCUUCAGGUGUAGCCAGAAGCCUUGUUCUUCAUGGUCGCACUUUAGACGUUGUGAGAGCUGUCUCGCGGGAUCAAGCAGGCAAACUGAAGGAGGAAGGCGAGAAGAGACGAGAAAAGGCAGACAAGAGAAAUCUUUACUUGUUGCGCGAGGGAGUCAUCUUGCCCAAUACACCAGCGGCCAGCACCAUACCGCCUGUUGAACUGGAGAAGCGGACUAAUUCGUUCAAUGCUCGUCGCACGAUGCUGCGCACGAAUCCUUCCUUAUACGUAUCGAAGACUCGACUCAGCGUUCGCCAGAUUCCACUAUUCGUGUCCGAGCGAACUCUCAAACGCCUCGCCCUCCACGCUAUUCGUGCAUUCAAAGAUAGCGUUCGGAAGAAAGAACGCGACAAUUUGACACCAGAAGAGCUGACAGAAGAUACCAAAGAAUCCGAUGACACAGGCGACUCCACAACGAAACCGAAGGUCGGGAAACGAUCGCAGGAAAGCAAGUCCAAAGGCGUCAAGCAAGCCAAAAUCGUGCGUCAACAUGAUCGGGUAGAUCCUGUCACUGGAAAAGGUCGUAGCAAAGGUUACGGAUUCGUCGAGAUGCCGCGGCAUGCGGAUGCGCUACGCGUGCUUCGGUGGGCCAAUAAUAAUCCUGCCAUUGUGCCACUUCUGAGCACCUGGUGGAAAGAAGAGCUUGCCGACCUCAUCAAGCUUGAGAAGGGAAGGGAGAAUCCUGAUGAGGCUAGGCUGAAGCGGAUAAAAGACGAGCUGGAAGGCCAGGUGAAAACACCGAAGGCUACGCUUAUCGUAGAAUUCUCCAUAGAAAACGUGCAGGUCGUCCAGCGAAGAGCGAUCCAGCACCAAGAAAAACCGACAAUACAAUCGCAAAAAGUCAAGGUGAAGCAUCUCAAGAAUCCACCUUCGAAGAAACGACGCGUUGCAAAUGAUCAAACACCAGCAAAGCCAGUGAAGGAAGAACAGGCCAAGGCUGGUCAGCACAUCGGCACCGUUAUUGGUAGAAAGAGGAAGGAACGCAAAGCUGCCAAGAAGGGUGGAAAGUAG